AGAAUUAGUCAGUAUCGAAAUGUCAAAUUAUGCUCUCUCGAUUCAUAUAUCGCUGGUUUUUGCUUCAACGUACGUACUUCAGUAUCAAUUGCUAUGCACGUUAGGUCACCGAACAGAGCCAAUGCAAAACGAACAAAACUAGUAAACUUUUCGCUACUUUCAGUUACAGCUGUUUUCUCCAAGUUCUUUUAUGAUAUUUUCCAAACAAAGUAAACAAAUUUCGUUGUAUAUCAAUAUGGCACAAGUUUCUUUUUUAGAUAAUCUUCUGAAGGAGUAUUUGGUAUUUAGAGGGUUUUCUUCUACCAUAAAAACACUUGACCAAGAACAAAGAAACGAGAAAGAUCAAAGUUUUCGUGCUGAGAAAUUGCUUGAAAAUUUCAAUCAAUCUAUACAAAACCAUGACUUGACUGCGUUACGCGGUCUCUGGACACAUCUGGAUAGUAAUUUGUUUAGCAAAUUGGAGCACACUUAUGCCACAGCUGUGAAAAAACUCGAAAAUAGUCUGUUAAAAUUUUACUUGGUGACUGCAUACUCAAAUAAUCGAUUAGAUAAAAUCACUGAAUUCUUUGCCAAACUAGCGGUAGAAUUACAACAGCAAAGCGAAUGGAAGGACUGGUUUUAUUUCCCAUUUUGUAAAAAUGCUGAGGAAUCACCCACGUUCGCUCUAUACUUUUCGAAACAAUGGCAAGAUACUCUGCAAUUGUCCUUACGCAAUUUUCUUACAACGAUAUACCAAUGUCUACCACAACCAACCUUUGUGCGCGCAGAAUAUGAAGCCGCUCACAUAAGACGGCUGCAAGAAGAAAAUGCCUUGCUGAAAACACGUUUACAGCAAAUGCAACAGCAAAUAACGACUUCUGGCAGUAACCAAAAUCUUAACAAUGCAAGCAGUGAUUCGAGUGGCACUCGUCGUCGUACCUUUUAUAGACCACAACAAAGUCUCAACGAUAUUUUGCCAUUCGAUGUUAGUCCUCCCGGUCAUGUGGUAGAUGACUUUUCAGUAAUUUCAUCUGAGGUUAAUAAUGUGUCUCAGGCAAGUGAUGCACAAGCACGCGGUUUGCGUAUGUUAAUACGUAACAUUGGAUCAGGCGGAUCUCCAGACACCGGUGGUCGUAAAGAUAUGGGCGGUAGUGGAAAUGCUGACAAAGUCAGCAAACGACGAUCUGGCAGUGUUGGGCGCAAUUGGAUUUGAUGAGAUAUUUUAUUUAAAAAUAAGUAUUAAUAACCAAAUGGAUAUACACAUAUGGUGUAGAAAAAUUAAGUUGGUUGAAGUUAAAAACUGAAUACAUUAAUUUAUCCAAAUUUAAUGUAUACUCAGUUUACAAUGCAUUCAUUUUGAAAAUCGAGUGGUUAAUGCUAAUUAACUCACUAAUGUUUAGUUUUGUUUCCUUUGAAUUGAAAUAGACUUUUAACAAGUAAUUAUUACUUUGCAUUAACACUAAAAUAUUGACGAAUUGAAAAACAAAAUGCACUGCUCUUAACUUCACAUUCAUUUAUACAUAUACUAUAUUCACGAACCUCACCAAU